AUGGUGGAUCUGCUUAGUGAUCUCGGCUUUGUUGACAGCAAAAAGGCGGCUCGUGAUUUGAUGAAUAAUUUGGUGUCGUCUACUGAUGACUUGAACAAAGUUGCCGAUAACAUCAAGAGACGCGUUGAAGACCAGCAACGCGAAGAUGCCUAUUCCAAGGCUGAUGAGUGUGUCAUGGCCGACAAGAAGCCGGGAGAGCAUCUUGCUCAGCUUCUCAACGACUAUGGUUUCGUUGUCGAUGAAGAUAGUGCCAACAAGCUUGUUGCUGCUCUGGAAGCUACUGAUCAGGACUUGAAUAGAAUUCUCUUCCACUUCAUUCACGGUCCUUCUAAGCCCGUCAACGACAAGCCGUUGCCGACUCCCGAGGAGAGACAAGCUAUGGAUGAUGCUGCUGCUAUGAGAGGUGUGAAAGAGGAAGUGAAGGAGUAUGAGCAGAAGCAGAAGAAGGCUGGUAAGAAGUUGCAGGCAGCAGAACCUCGAUGGGGUUGGGCUGGUCCUAAACACCCUCGUGAUCCCAAGGCUGAUAAGAUUGAUCUACUGGGUUGA